CGCCCGCCCCGCUCCCUCGCUGCUCUCGCUGCCCGGCCGCAUCUUCCUCUGCCUCGUACCCGGAGGGACCAUGUCGAGGCUCAGCUGGGGUUACGGCGAACACAACGGUCCUGUUCAUUGGAAUGAAUUUUUCCCUAUUGCUGAUGGUGAUCAGCAAUCUCCAAUUGAGAUUAAAACCAAAGAAGCGAAAUACGACUCUUCCCUCCGGCCCCUUAGCAUCAAGUAUGACCCAAGCUCAGCCAAAAUCAUCAGCAACAGCGGCCAUUCCUUCAGUGUUGACUUUGAUGACACGGAGGACAAGUCAGUCCUGCGUGGGGGUCCUCUCACUGGAAGCUACAGGCUACGGCAGUUUCACCUUCACUGGGGGUGCGCUGAUGACCACGGCUCCGAGCACACAGUGGAUGGAAUGAAGUACGCUGCAGAGCUCCAUGUUGUCCAUUGGAAUUCUGACAAAUACCCCAGCUUUGUCGAGGCAGCUCAUGAGCCAGAUGGACUAGCUGUCUUGGGAGUAUUUUUACAGAUUGGUGAACAUAAUUCCCAACUGCAAAAGAUUACUGACAUUUUGGAUUCCAUUAAAGAAAAGGGUAAACAAACUCGAUUCACAAAUUUUGACCCAUUGUCUCUGCUUCCACCAUCCUGGGACUACUGGACAUACCCUGGUUCUCUUACAGUUCCACCUCUUCUCGAGAGUGUCACAUGGAUUAUUUUAACACCUAUAAACAUCAGCUCUCAACAGCUGGCCAAAUUUCGCAGUCUCUUGUGUACAGCGGAGGGGGAAACAGCGGCUUUUUUGUUGAGCAAUCACCGUCCACCGCAGCCCCUGAAGGGCCGCAAAGUGAGAGCCUCUUUCCGUUAAAAGUUGUCACCAGUGGACCACCCCAAACAUGACUGUGGAGAGCCAACAAAACAAAAAACAAAAGACAAAAACCCCUGCUAAUAGUUUUUUCCCUAGAAUUCGAAUUUACGGGUACCAUUUUACUAUCAGCUUCAGUGCUACAAAGAAAACCAGGUCUCUUUAAUGAAACUAACAUCACUCCUUUGUCUCAGAUUCGCAUUCAUGGAUAUUCAAGCAGUGAAUGUUUUUUGACAUUUAUCCAAACUCAUGAAAUAUGUGUACUUCCACCUGUGUGAAAAGAUGGGCAGCAUUGUAAACCUCACAAUGUAUCAAAAUGUUUGCCUUGCCAUAGAGACUGAAUUAGUCACAGCUCUGAGUGGUGUUAGGUGAAAAACCUAAAUUUAUUUCCCAAAUUAUAGGAUUGUGAUAACUUUUUUGAAACAAGUGAUCCUGCUUAAUGUUUUGUUAUUAUUUCAAUUCAUAAGAAGGAGAUAGUAUUUCCUUUUAAAGUGAAUGUUUGUGAUGAUUAUGUUACGGAUCCUCAUUGGACGACACUUUUAAUAAAAUGAACAAUAUGAGCGUUAUUGAGAAGGGGAUAUAGCUACUUAAUGUGUCUACUCCACAGAUCAAAAAUAACCCAUACAGUUUUGGUGAGGAAUUCCUCAGGAUAUAAGUGUCAAUUUACACUGUAGUGAAUUACACCAUAUAUCAUAUUCACUCAGUAAUGUUAACAAUUAACUGGCUAAUAAUUGACAAGACACAUUGCAUACCAGUUUAUGGCCUUGACGUAGUUUGAAACUAACAGAUUACGUAGUUUUACUGUAGGCAGAGCUGCCCUCAAGCAUGGUGAACAGGUUGCCUAUUUUUGCCCCGUGUUUUGGCAGCAGAGAAGGAAGUAAUCCUGUGUGGGUCAUUGUUCUGUCAUUUGGUGGAAAAAAAAAAAAUCACUUGAAUUUCAUAUGAAUAUACAAUCGGUCCAUAAAUCUGUCAUCUCAUUUCUAUGGCAAAGCCCAUUUCUCUUUUCGUACAUGCCCUUCCAUCUCUUAAGUAAUUUUGCAAGGUGGUGCUUGAUAUUAAUUUUAGGCUAUGUCUUGUUAUUUUUGUUUGCUUUUGGUGGAGGAGCAUGGGGGUAAGGGUUCCUUUUGCCCUUUCUUCUACAAAUGGAGUGACACUAAGCAUUAACUGAACAACCACAUUUAAGACUUGAACACGUGCUAUGCUGCUGUCAUCCUCUGACACAACUUUACCUGAGUUUCCUUGAUUCUGAUGGUUUAUGUCAGACACCUCUCUUCCUCUGGAUGUAGAUUUUAAUGAUUGAAACUAUUCUGCAACAUUCUUCUUGAUAGAAUACCUGGGUAUCAGUAAGUUGUGUAACAACGAUGUACACUGUCGCGUAAGAUGAGCUCCUGAAGAGUGAAGCUGAUUCCUGGGCCGUUGUUCUUUUCCACCUCAGCAUGUCUAGCAUGCGGCCUUACAGAAGAUUGAUAUGCAGUAAUCAUUUACAGAAUUGAAUGUUUUUAAAAAUUUUAUUUGCUAUCUUUGCUAAAUUAUCUCUCUGCUUGGGAUCAAGUGCAUUAUCAGCUGAUGUAACAAGUAAAAUGUUAUCUCUUGAGAAUAGUUUCUUUUUAAAGGAAUGUUUAUUAUAUCUAACUUGUAUAGCCAGAAGUUCUAAUGGUUUUAAAAAUACCAGUGUUGAAUGGAAAGGUGUUUUUUUUUUUUUUUUUUAGUUUGGGAAGACAUGUUGUGAAGUGUCCUUAUCAGGGGGAGAAGCCUGUUUUCUCAGAGAAUGUAAAUUGGUGUAUCUGAAGAGUGUGUAGGACAGGGAUUCUCAUUACUGUGUGUGACAGUUCAACUUUGUAACUUACCGUUUGGUUUCUGCUGCAGUAUUGCUACACAUUGCACCUUAAUGGACCCAAAAGGUCUACAUAGUACUGAUUUUUAUGGACAUUGUCUGUUAAUAUAUAUAUCCCUUAGAGGCAAAAGGGCUAAGUGUAUGAUAAAAUUGUUUUAUUGCCCCCUUUUUAAAGAAAUUAAAGAGUUGUAAAUACUAGUAUAGAUCUCUUUUGUUUCCCACAACAAAUAUUGGAUUUAUGUUUGCUAAGCAUUUUGUAUAGACGCUAUAUUUCCCAAUACUCAGGUGAUCAUUUCGCCCUGGACACUGUAUCUUCCAGAACAACCCUGCUGGGGUGAAGGACAUACUUAUAGAAAGGGAGCAGAGGAGGCCAGGGUGGAGAGAAGGAUCGAAAAGAUGCUUGCAGUAAAUAGUAUUUGAAAAGGAAAAUAUACAUUUUUUUUAAAAAAGAAUAUUUUAACAAUGAUUAAAGACAUUUUAAGAGGGAAAAUUAUGUGAAUUAUGUAUUCAUAAAUUUCCCAAAGGGGAAAAAGGAAGGGGCAGUGAUUUGUUCCUCACUUUGAACACCAGAUGGUGCUGUUGGACCAGAUGAGCUGAUCUGCACGCGGGGGCGUGGCCUGUUCACUGGGCGAAUGGACAGUAUGGCCAUUAUUUUACUCCCUCCCUGGUGCAAGACUUCAACCACUUUCAAAGGCUCCCUCUCCUCAUUAUCUCUAAAUAAUCCCAAGGUGUGUCCCAUUUGUGCUCAUGAGUAAGCUGUCAGCUCACUUGGUGUUUCAUAAUUUCUUCCCUUUGGUCCUCAUCUCCCUCUGUCCCCCCGCCACCCCUCAGGGGCAUCUCCUGGCCACCAUGCCCUCUGGGUACCGCCUAAGCUUCUGGGCCCCAUGCUGAUGCCACUGGGUGGCCUUGCCUCUGCUGCUGCCAGGGAAAAGAAGGCAGAGGAAACAUUCAUUAGCAGUAAACAUGUGCCAUGCCCAGCCCUCUGCAGUCUGCCCCUAGUAAGGGGAAGUGGCCUCCGGUGAAAGCGAGUUUGGAUUUAAAUUUCCUGGGGGCAAGGCUGCUUUAGCGUUGGGUUACUCUUCACCUGUCCUUCUGUAAAUAUGCAGUUCUCACCUGAGUUUUCCGCAGAAGGGAUAAAGUCUCAUCUAUGAGCAUUGUUCUCCUAUGCAAGAAGCAUGGGCUAGCUCCAGGGUCUUCAAGCAGCUUUGAUCUGUCUCUGGAUUUCAAAGGCCCAUUUAUUAAAAGCUUUUUUAUCAAA